AUGGUGGAAGGCUUCAGGACUAAAACGAGUCAGCAGGACCCAGUAGUUGGAAUUUUUGCCUUUGAAGUUGCAAGGGUGAUGUCUAAGCUGGUCCAUCUAUGGGAAUCCCUGAGUCCAAAACAAGUUGAUAGCCUCAUGAAAUAUAUCUCAGGUUUGGUGGGGAUAAAAAAGCUUGUGUCACAGGAUGAGGAUAUCAUUCGAGGUUUCAUACUCAGAGAAUUGUUUGAGGAUAUGAUUCCUUUAACAAAAUAUGUGGCCGGACUUGGCAAGAAUCAUUGUUCUGAUCCUAGGUUAAAGGAUUUUGAGCUUGCUCUUAAUGAUUGGAUCACCAAUGGUGUUGACCAUUUUAAAUGUUCUUAUGAUCUCGAACGUACCUUGAAAGACACCACUGCCACCUUGGAUGGUCCAAGUUUGCUCGAGUUUCACAACAAGGUAGAGCUGAAGCGGCUGGAGGUGGAGAAUUUCAAGGAGGGCUCCUUGUGGAAUGUGACUUUUGAUUAUGUAGGUAUCCUUUUGGCAAGAUCUUUCUUCACAAUUAUCAGUCUUUUCAAGUCUGUUUUUGGAGCUCCUCAACUGAUGGCAGAUGCAGAAGCCAAAGAUUAUUAUCACACAAGUCCUAAUCCAUUAGAUCUCAGCAAGUACGAGCUGUUGGAUGCUCCGUCCGGCACACUUGGUGCUGCUGCCUCAGAACUGCACUAUGCAAAUAUUGUCAUCGAAAUUGAACGUUUACGAGGAUAUCCGUGUCUACACACUUAUGCAGAAUCCAGAAAACAACUGUAUGGUAUGUUGCCAGCAAAUGUGAAAGCUGAGCUAAGUAGAAGGCUGCCCUCCAUCAAGGACAUGACCUCAUCAGUACUUAAAGAUGUUGCAGCAAAGCAGAAGGUGGCAACGGCUGAAAGUUUAGAAUGGUUAGCACCACUUGCUCAUAAUACAAAGAAAAUGCAUUCCAAGAGGCACUGUCAACAUAAGGCAUGUGUUUCCAGGAGCCGGAGCCACUUGCUUCUGGUACAAACUCUAUAUUUUGCAAAUCAACAGAAGACAGAAGGAACGAUUGUGGAACUUCUUGUUGGUUUGCAGUAUAGCUGGCAGUCUGAGGUUGACUCCACACUAGGAGGACUGCCAAGAAAAGCAGCCUCGCUGAUGACCCAAAUGCUAAGGCAAGCCUCGAUCCCAGUUUAA